CCCUUACCAAACAUUCGCUGGCCCCAAAUUCGAGAAGGAAAGAGAUCAGAAACUAUAUUUGGUUUGAUCUUAUUAGGGAUUGCAUUUUCAAACCCGAUGAUGGAUCAACAAUCUGAGUUGGCUGCAUUCUGAACAUUCAUAAUCGAUUUAGUAGAGUGCGUGCCUGGGGAGUUCGCAUUGGACGGCGAUUUAGGGUUCGUAGAAGGCUGGAGCAACUGUGAUAGCCUCUCAAGAAAUUUCAGUCUCCAAAUUUACCUUUUUUGUCGGCGAAGCAACGAUCUAUGUUCAAUGACGAUGAAGUGCGAUCUGCCCUCACCAAGAUGUAUGAAUAUUCUUCCCCAGUAGAUGGCUUUGUAGAGAUCUCAGAAGGGUUGGGAGAGAUGAUAAAAUCGUUGGCAAAUGAACCCUCGGUGGGUCUUUUCUACGUUCAACAACACACUCACAAGGCAGUACCAAACCUCGUUAGUCUCAGAAACAACAUUGUGAGUAAAUCCCGUGAAAUGAGUUUACACACAGAAGAUUCAGAGGAUUCCAUCACAAUGGUGAGAUCAAUGAAGGAAUGUGGGUUCCCAAUUGUGGAUGAUAUGAUUAAAGACAUCACAAAAUCUAUCGCUACCAUCUCAUCCAAACAACCGAAAAAGGGUUUGAUUAGCAGCAAACCAGUUUCAGGAUCUCAAACAACAAGAACCAGCUCGUGGGGUCCAACGACUUGGAGGAGUAUGAAUGAUGUCGAAAAGUCUAGUAGUUAUUUAUCAUCUGUUUUCAAGUCAGCGAAGCAAAAGGCAACGAAUCUCAAGUGGGCUCAACUUGAUGCUUUGGAAUCCAAGGAAGAAGCCAUAAGACCUCCUUCGGCUGCUAUGCAACGAGAGGAGGAAGAAUUGCCAAUAUCGAGCCAUAUUGCAAGCGGGAAUCAAGAAGAUGUACGAGUUGAUGAGUUGAUAUCGAAUCUGUCACUGGCUGAAAACUUUGAUGAGUUCAAAGCUGAUAAAGAGGCAAAACUGGAGGAAUGGUUAGGAGGUAGCAUUAUGAACAAUAAUAGUAAGCAUGAUGAACUUGGUGCUGAAUAAAAAUGUCUGUAAAUAAAAUAUGUUGUAAUAAAAUGUACAACCAUGCCUGGAUCCUAUGCUUUGAAGUCACUUUUUAAUAGGAUUUAAUCUCAAUUAAGA